AUGUGCCCCUCUUGCCCCGCUCUCAAGGAGGACAACCCUUCGUUUGUCCUCCACGGCAUCCACAACACCCAGUACGACGAGCGUCCCGUUCCCGAGGUCCAGAACGAUGAGGUCCUUGUUCAGAUUGCCAAGACUGGUAUCUGCGGCUCGGACGUCCACUACCUCGAGCACGGCCGCAUCGGCUCGUUUGUCGUCGACCAGCCCAUGUGCCUCGGCCACGAGUCUUCGGGCACCAUUGUCAAGCUUGGCCCCGGCGUCCCCGCUUCGUCUGGUCUGACCAUUGGUCAGAAGGUCGCCGUCGAGCCCGGAUUCGGCUGCCGUACCUGCGUGCAGUGCAAGUCGGGCCUUUACGAGCUCUGCCCCAACAUGACCUUUGCUGCGACCCCUCCCUUCACCUACGGCACGCUGUGCCGCUACUACAAGCUUCCGUUUGACAUGCUGCACCCCAUCUCGGAGCAGGUGUCGUUUGAGGACGGUGCCAUGAUUGAGCCCCUGUCGGUUGCUGUCCACUCGCUGUCCAACCUGGCCAAGAUGAAGUCGGGCGACAACGUCGUCAUCUUUGGUGCUGGCCCCGUCGGCCUGCUCUGCAUGGCCGUCGCCAAGGCGCUCGGCGCUGCCCGUGUCGUCGCCGUCGACAUCCAGAAGGAGCGUCUCGACUUUGCCAAGGCCUACGCCGCCACUGACGUCUUCAUCCCUCCCCCCAAGAACGAGGGUGAGGGCGCCGACGUCUACGCCGAGCGCAACGCCGCUGCCCUCCGUGAGGCCCUCAGCAUCCCCGCUCUCGGCGCCGGCUCGCUCGACAUCUGUAUCGACGCCACCGGUGCCCCCGUCUGCAUCUCGACCGGUCUCCACCUCCUCCGCCCCGCCGGCACCUUUGUGCAGGUCGGCAUGGGCCCCUCGACCGUGCCCCUCCCCAUGUUCGCCAUUGUCGUCAAGCAGCUCACUGUCCUCGGCUCGUUCCGCUACGGCCAGGGCGACUACCCGCUUGCCAUUUCGCUCGUCGACCGCGGCCUCGUCGACCUCAAGCCCCUCGUCACCCACCGCUACAAGUUUGCCGACGCCCUCGAGGCCUUUGAGCUCACUCGUGCCGGCAAGGACAAGGAGGGCAAGCCCGUCAUCAAGGUCAUCAUCGACGCUCCCCUCUAA